AUGGAAGAACAUUUAGAAGGAGUCCCCAAAUUGCUACAUUCUGAAAUCGUUGCUCGUUUCACUCUUGGCUAUUUCCUUGAGAAUAUUGCCGUACGGUCAAAUCGAACGCUCCUCGUCACGAAUAUGAUUGUUGGCCAGAUAUUCUAUGUUGAUCCCAGACAUAACGAUCCCGAGUCUACUAUUCAGUCGAUACAUGAUUUCAAUACUGCCGAAGCACCUCCUGAAGACGAUGAAGAAACUGGGAAGGUCACAACUCAUCCACCAUGGCCUGCACUCAAUGGCCUGGAGUACUUUACAGGCCAGAUUUUCGGAACGGUUAUUGAUCGUGGGACACUCGUGAAAAUGCAAGUAGAUGAAACUGGCGAGUACAAGAGCGGUAGUCUGGAACUUGUAGUCAAUCAGUUUAUCGGGGAUGAUUUUGCAUUCUAUUGUGAAAGAAGCGCUUAUGUAGCUACAGACCCGGCAUAUACAGUUUUGAAGUUUGUCCAAAUUGCGACUGAGCCACAAAAGGGGGAAAGGCUCAAGAUUUUAGGUGGACUAGAUAAAAAAGAGACUGCAGGUCGGACUGUUUCAGCUCUCGGGAGAGGGGAAAAUGAUAGUGACUGCAUCUAUGUAGUGACAUGCGGUGGAGUUGUGAAUCCAAUUGGUGAUAAUGGAUCAGGGCAAGCAUUAAUUGCUAAAGUUCGUGUUGGAGUGACAGGUGAGGCAUGUUAG